AUGAGUCCCAUUUUUAUCAGGAGAGAUAACCUGGCUAGGCUAGUCAUCGAACAAAAAGAGGGAUAUCUAGAAAUUGUGAGUGGUCUGAGAAUCGCCCUAACGUUUCUCCCCGAGAUUUUGAUCCCAUGGCGUUUACCCUAUGAGAGCCUUAUUCGAGACAUUUUCAUGAUGAACGGGUUCACAGGUCAGGAUUACUAUGAGCUAGCGAAUUCAGGGCAACUCACAGUUCAACAAUUUCUGGAUCCUGAAGGCCACAGGAGCUGUUCAGCAGCUCAGCAGGCCCACUUGCUGACGAUCCAGUCCCAGAGUGACGUUUGUAACGGCACUUUAUAUGAUUGCAAAUAUUCCGAGUGGCUAGAGGUCUGUCGACUGGAGAAUAUCAACAAGCGGUAUGUGUGGUUUAAAUCAGCACAUGGAAAUUAUGGUGAGAUUUUGGAGGAAUGUCCUGGUGGGAGAAUUUUUACCUAUAGUAGGGAGAGGAAUCCUCUCAUAGGUCAUUGUGUUUGCAAAUGUAAGGAGAAUGUUAAUUACAUAAGUGUUACACCAGCUAUGACCAAUCGACAAGCUGAUAUGGUUCUAACUGGUUUUCGAUUUGUUUUUGAAAACCGGACUCUUUAUCUACAAGCGAAACAAGGAAAGUUGCUUUCUCGUGAGAGGAUUGAUCCUGCAUCGGAAGAGUGGGUUCCCCUACCAAAGAAUCCACAGUUGGUACCGUUAAAUUCCCAAAACAGCAAUUUUCAUCUCGGUGAUGUAAUGGUCACCUUGAGGUUCAUCGCGGUUGGAAUGUCAUUAGUCCAUGACAACAAUGGCUUCUACCUUCAGAUUUUUGAGGUUGCGUAUUGGUACACUGGAGGCGUCUUUGGGUACCCCCGCGAGGUUGCUCCGCCCCAUCGAGAUGACCCCGGAACAUAUGUCAAAUUUCAAUUGUCUAAACCAGUGAUAAAUGCAAAAGCUGCUGAGGCUGACCCACCAGCACUAUUGGGGGGCUUUGGAAUUGCAUACGAUAGAACAUUAGGGGGGAUUUCACCGCGACUUAACGGCUUUGAAUACCGUAAUAUAUUUUCGCAAAUUGAAAAUGCAAAAUUCUAA